AUGGCAAGAGGAAGAUGGUUCCAUGGCCAAUGUGGUGCUAGGAAGGCAGCAGGCGGUGGCAGUAAGAGUAGCCCAAGGUCUACAGAAAAUGUUGACGCACAUCAUCAUGAUGCUCAUUUCGAAGAAGAUGAAGAUUGUGGAGAUAAUGAAGACCAUGACGCAUGUCCCGAGGAGGGUGCAUUGGAAUUGGCAUCGGCUGGUAUUGGUAUAUCAAUUUUUAAUAUUGUGUCAAAGAUCUUCAACAUUCCACUGUUGAGCAUUGCAACCUCAUUUGUGGCAGAGGAUAUUUCUAGGAGUGCUACCAAGCAUCCUAGUUCAGGCAAAUUGGAGCUGACAUCUGUAUCAUCUGCCCUGAUCUUAGCUGCUGGAAUUGGUAUAAUGGAAGCAUUAGCAUUGUUCCUAGGAUCAGGAUUGUUUCUUAAACUAAUGGGCGUGUCACCUGUCUCUCCAAUGUAUAGACCUGCGAAACUCUUUCUUUCAUUGAGAGCUCUCGGAGCACCUGCAAAUGUGAUUAUGUUGGCAGUCCAAGGUAUCUUUCGGGGAUUCAAGGAUACAAAGACUCCGGUGUUUUAUAUAGGUUUGGGCAAUCUUUCCGCUGUAGCCCUUCUUCCUCUACUUAUAUAUGGCUUUCAGCUUGGCAUAACUGGUGCUGCAAUUUCUACAGUUGUGUCCCAGUACAUUAUUACAGUUCUUGUUCUUCGGUCUCUAAGUAAAAAAGCUGUUUUGCUUCCUCCGGGAAUAGAUCAGUUAGAGUUUUGUGGAUAUCUAAAAUCUGGUGGCAUGCUGUUGGGAAGAACUCUUUCAAUUCUGUUAACUAUGACCAUUGGUACAUCAAUGGCUGCUUGGCAAGGCCCAACAGCGAUGGCCGCUCAUCAGAUUUGUUUGCAAGUAUGGCUUGCUGUAUCUUUGCUUGCAGAUGCUUUAGCUGUUUCUGCCCAGGCGCUGAUAGCAAGCUCUUAUGCAAUAUUGGACUACAAAAGGGUUCAAAAGAUAGCAAUGUUUGCAUUGCAGAUAGGAGUCUUUAGUGGAUUAGCUUUGGCCAUUGGAUUGUAUGCCUCAUUUGGCAAUAUAGCUAGACUUUUUACCAGUGACCCAGAGGUCCUAAUGGUUGUCAAAUCUUGUGCAUUGUUUGUCUGUGCCAGUCAACCAAUUAAUGCUCUGGCCUUCAUCUUUGACGGUCUACACUAUGGUGUAUCAGAUUUUGACUAUGUUGCUCAAGCUACUAUUGUGGUUGGUGUUAUGUCUUCACUCGUCCUGUUAUGGGCUCCGUCUGUAUUUGGCCUGGCUGGAGUUUGGGCUGGUUUGACUACACUCAUGGGGUUGCGUAUGGCUGCAGGUGUUCUGAGGAACAGAUUACAUCAAUGCCAGGAAGCAUCGUUUUUCUGUGAUCUUUCAGAGAUCCUCACUGUUUGUGUCACUUUUCUUAGCUUCAGCUAG